AUGGAGGACAUUUUCCAUUGGUGUCGUGAAGGAAAUUCAAUACAAGUCCGUUUAUGGCUGGACGAUGUGGAACAUGACAUGAAUUUGGGUGAUGAUCAUGGCUUCAGUCCGUUGCACUGGUGUGCCAAAGAGGGCCACACAAAAUUGGUUGAAACCCUUUUGCAAAGGGGAGCUCGCGUCAAUGCCACAAAUAUGGGUGAUGAUAUCCCUCUCCAUCUGGCCGCCGCCCAUGGUCAUCGUGAUGUUGUCCAAAUGUUAAUACGUGAACGUUCCGAUGUGAAUGCGGUCAAUGAACAUGGCAACACCCCCUUGCAUUAUGCCUGCUUCUGGGGCUACGAUAUGAUCUGUGAAGAUUUGGUAAAUGCUGGAGCCUCAGUGACAAUUGCAAAUAAAGAUGAUCACACACCAUUGGAUAAAGCCAAGGCUGGUUUGGCAAAACGCCUGCAAGACUUGGCCGAACGUAAUGGCCAGGAAAUGAAGAAAAUUAGUUUUAAAGAACAAAGUUGGAUGGGUUUCAAGACAAGAUCUCGAGAUGCCACCCUGUCACGUUUCAAGGGUAUCAGUAUGGGUGAUUUGGAUUUACACACAAAAAUGGCCGUAACACCAUCGGGUGAAACAUGGCGUGGUCGUUGGCAAAAGAAUGAUGUUAUAGCGAAAAUUCUGGCCAUACGUCAAUGCACUUCGAGAAUAUCGAGAGAUUUUAAUGAGGAAUUUCCUAAGCUGAGAAUUUUCUCUCACCCGAAUAUUUUGCCAAUUAUUGGAGCGUGUAACUCACCGCCUAAUUUGAUUGUUAUUAGUCAGUUUAUGCCUCGUGGUUCCUUGUUCCAUUUGCUGCAUGGAGCCACCGGUGUUGUCGUGGAUACCUCACAAGCUGUCCGAUUUGCCUUGGACAUUGCCAGAGGUAUGGCUUAUUUACACUCACUGGAAAGAAUUAUACCAACCUAUAACCUGAACAGUCAUCACGUUAUGAUCGAUGAAGAUUUAACGGCUCGCAUUAAUAUGGGCGAUGCGAAAUUCUCGUUCCAAGAACGUGGACGUAUUUAUCAACCGGCCUGGAUGUCACCAGAGGCUUUGCAAAAGAAACCUGCCGAUCGUAAUUGGGAAGCUAGCGAUAUGUGGAGCUUUGCAGUACUCCUAUGGGAGUUGACCACCCGGGAAAUUCCCUUCGCCGAAUGGUCACCCAUGGAAUGUGGCAUGAAAAUUGCACUCGAAGGAUUGCGUGUCAAAAUACCACCCGGCACAUCACCACACAUGUCCAAACUGAUAAAUAUCUGUAUGAAUGAAGAUCCUGGAAAGCGGCCAAAAUUCGAUAUGGUUGUGCCGAUUUUGGAGAAAAUGAAACGUUGA